GUCAAAAAGGUCAUCAAUGUCAAAAUAGAGGACGAAUCACGAAAGUAAAACGAUACUCUACUAAUCUAAAUUUUCCGGCCGGUGAAAACUUUUGUCGUAUUUUUAAUUAUAAAAAUGGGUGGGAAGUAUAAAAUUGUUAUGAUUCGCCAUGGUGAAAGCGAAUGGAACCAGAAAAACUUAUUCUGUGGCUGGUUCGAUGCUGACCUCAGUGACAAAGGACGAGAAGAAGCACUAUCUGCUGGUAAAGCUUUAAAAGCUGAAGGUUAUCAGUUUGAUGUCGCUCACACAUCUGUACUAAAGCGGGCACAAAUUACACUGAACUCUGUCUUGAAGGAAAUUGGUCAAACAGACAUUCCAAUUAAUAAGACUUGGAGAUUGAAUGAAAGGCACUACGGAGGUUUAACAGGCUUAAACAAGGCUGAAACUGCUGCUAAAUAUGGGGAAGCUCAGGUACAAAUUUGGCGUCGUAGUUUUGAUGUACCUCCACCAGCUAUGGAGAAAGACCAUCCAUACUAUGAUACUAUUGUGAAUGAUCCCCGCUAUGCUGGUGACCCAAAACCAGAUGAAUUUCCCAUGUUUGAAAGCCUAAAACUUACCAUUGAUAGAACUUUACCAUACUGGAAUGAUGUUAUUGUGCCCCAGAUAAAGGAAGGUAAAAAAAUAAUCAUUGCUGCCCAUGGGAACAGUCUCAGAGGGAUUGUCAAGCAUUUAGACAAUCUUAGUGAUGCAGCCAUCAUGGAAUUGAACUUACCGACUGGUAUUCCCUUUGUCUACGAAUUGGACGAAGACAUGAAGCCAGUUGAUUCCAUGGUCUUUCUUGGAGAUGAGGAAACAGUGAAAAAAGCCAUGGCAGCUGUCGCAGCGCAGGGCAAGGCAAAGUAGAUUUGUGUUCCGAUAUGUAACUUACGGAUUCAGUCCUUUAAUAGCUAUUACUUGAUUUGCAUGUAAAGAUUAAGUCUUGAAUUGUUUAUAAUCCGUAAGAUGUGUGAAAAGUUUAUGCUUGUGAAGAUAUGAUGGAAAUAAUGUGUUAUUUUAAAUAUUAUAUAGUCUUACAUCAUAUAUAUCAAUUACAUAAUUAGACGAUUUCCAUCAUAUAGUGAUAUUUUUACUAUUUAAGUAAACCAGCUGGAAUCUAUUUUUAUUUAAUAGCUAUUUAUUAAACAGUGAAUGUCGAUUGUGAAUAAAAGUGAUGUUAU